GCUCUGGAGGAAUAUCCCAGCCUGCUCCCAAGUGCAGCCGGGCACCCGGGGCAGGACGGAGGCAGCGCUCGGUGCAGUCCGAGCCCGCGGGGCUGCGAGAGCGGAGCGGCCGCGAAGUUCGUGUGUGUGCCCGGGGCCGCUGCUCCCGCCCGCCCCGCGAAUCCAGGACUGCCCGCGAUGGGGUCCCCGCACUGGAAAAGGCUCUGCCUUCUGCUCCUGGCGGGUUUAACAUCCUCCCUGCUCCUCUACAGUCACUACCACGCUACGGUGGAGGCGCCCACCAGCCAGAGGAUCAUAGCCAACUUGCUGCAGCCAGAGCUGAUCCUGGCUCCCUCAGAGACUCCACACAGGGCUGGCAGCCACAGGUGGGCUCUUGGAGGCAGCUCAGAGAGUGGGAAUUCCUUCAAGCCCUCUGCCGAGCUGGAGGAGCCAGAGCCCAGCAGAAAGCAGCCCAGCCCCUGCCUCCACUCGGUGAUGGCCAGAGCAAAGGCAGACCCCAAGUUUCGGGAGAUCUUCCGCUUCAACACCCCGGUGCUGAUGUGGGACCAGCACUUCACCCUGGAGACCUGGAACAGGCUGAAGACACGACACGUCCCCUACGGCUGGCAAGGCUUGUCCCUCGCAGUGGUGGGCAGCACCCUCCGGCUGCUCAACGCCUCGGCCAACCGGCAGCUCUUCGACAGGGCCGCCCUCCCCGCGGGCUGCGUCCGCUGUGCCGUGGUGGGCAAUGGUGGCAUCCUCAAUGGCUCACGGCAGGGCAAGGCCAUCGACAGCCACCACCUGGUCUUCAGGCUCAACGGGGCUGUGAUCAAAGGCUUUGAGGAGGAUGUCGGCACCAAGGUCUCCUUCUACGGCUUCACGGUGAACACCAUGAAGAACUCCCUCAUCUCCUAUGAGGAGUACGGCUUCACCCACAUCCCCCAGGGCAAGGACCUGAAGUACAUCUUCAUCCCCUCGGAUGUCCGGGACUAUGUCAUGCUGAAAUCGGCCAUCCAGGGCACCCCCGUGCCGGAGGGCUCAGACAAGGGGGACGAGCCACAGAAGUAUUUUGGACCGGAGGCAUCUGCAGAGAAGUUCAAGCUGCUGCAUCCUGAUUUCUUGCAGUACCUGACAGCGAGGUUCCUGCGGUCGGAGCUCCUCAACACCCAGUACAGCUCCCUCUACAUGCCCAGCACCGGCGCCCUCAUGCUCCUCACUGCGCUCCACACCUGCGACCAGGUCAGUGCCUACGGGUUCAUCACGGCCAACUACGAGCAGUUCUCAGACCACUACUACGAGGUGGAGAAGAAACCUCUGGUGUUUUAUGCCAACCACGACAUGAUGCUGGAGGCAGCGCUGUGGAGGAGCCUGCACCGCGCUGGCAUCAUCACCCUCUACCAGCGCUGAGGCCGGGAGCAGCCCACAGGGGCAAGCCCAAGGACUCUUGUGGCUCUUCCCCUUUUUCCUGAGGGUCACCUUCUCCCUCCUGAGGGCUCUUCCCAGCUGGCCAGCCAGCCUACGGAGCAGGCUUGCUGCACCACAGCCAGCAGUGAUGUGAGGACAGCGGGGAUGCUGAAGCUGGUGGAGGAAUUGCAUUUCCUCAGGGAUCAGAGUGAUUGAACGUGGCCUCGGGGCAGCCAGAAGCACCACAGCACGUGGCUGUGCCCUGCCAGCCCCAUGAACGUGGCUAUGGGACAGCAGUGGCCCCUGUGGAGCACAGGAGGGGCAGGGUGAUGCUGGAAGAGGAUCCUGGAGAUGCUGGAAAUUGCCCUUCACCUUAAAUGCUCAUCACUGUGGUGGGACCACAGCAGGCAGGAUAAAUCCUUACAUUGGGAAGCAGGUGACAGGAGGUGACGUGGCUGGAGAACACCUCCCUCCAGAAAGACACUAGAAAAUCCCAGCUCUAGCCAGCUGUGUGUGGGUGUGUGCCACGCUCCAGAAGGAUCUGUUUGCCUCCCUGGUCAGUGGCACAGACAGCAGGACAAACACAGUGUGCCCUGUCACUGUCCCCUUCUUGAGUCUGGUGUUUUCUGACAAGGAGGGGCCUCAAAAGCCAUCAGUGACAAGGAAGGUCAUUGCAGUUCAGCCAGGACACCAGAACAGGUCCAGGCUCUGAGCAGCCCAGAGGUGACACUGGCCUCAGCUGUGUGUGUGGCACUGAAGGGCUGUCAGCCUUUUCUUGCACAGGGACGCUGCAGUGCCCUCUGAGAGGUGGCCCCACAUCAGGCGGGUCAAAGUGAUGGUCACUCUUUUAAUUUCCUUCCCCACACCCCGAGGGAGGGGAGGCUCCUGAACCCUUCAGCUGCCCCUCAUACACCAGCACUGCUCAGGGAGACCCACCUGGGGAGGCCUCUCCAGUUCGUGGGGGCUGGAGCCAGAGCAGCGUAAUCCAAGACACUUUCCCACUUUGUGUAAUUACAUAAAUGAUGAAUGAUUGUUUUCCUUAA